ACAUCGCACGUAUUUUAGAGAUAUCGAUUUACUUAAUCGAUACCAUAAUGUUUUUUCCAGUACCUACAUCCCUAACAGUAUGGCCAACAAACGUCAUUCUUUUUUCGUGCGAGGCUGCGCACGCACGUAUUAUAACCUUAUCGUCGUUCUAAUACCUUAGUGUCGUUAUUUUUCAAAUAUCAUGCCGAAAAGAAAACAUUGUGAUGAUGGUGACAAAAUUGAGCGUUACAAACGCAAAAUCAGAAAACUGGAAGAGAAAUCUCGCCAGAAAGAAACGCGAAAACGUGUCAUAACUUAUUCAUCGUCGGAUUCCGAGAAAAAUUCAGAUGAUGAACAACCGAUUAAGGACGUCGAGGCGGCGGAGUCCGCGGAGGAUUUACUCCCGGACGACCCCGCGCCUGCAGAAGACAGCGCCAAUGCCGACUCUGUUGAGAUUCCCCAACUUGAUCCGGAGAUACUCGCGGCGCUAGGUGAAUCUACGCAAGAUACGCCCAACUUUGGCCCUAAAAUACACGAUAGCUUGGCACAACUGUGGUUGCCAAUAUUACGUAAAGGUCUUGAUAAAGAGGUAAAAGAAAAAUUGCUGAAACAAUUUUUAAUACCUGAAAACUGCCCUCUACUGAAGGCACCAAAAUUAAAUCCCGAAAUAUCGGCAGUAGUACCGGAAGCUAGUAAGGCUCGCGACAAGAGAGUUGAGACCGUUCAACAGCAGCUAGGCCUGGGUAUUACGGCCCUCAAUAAAGGACUGGAACUCCUUUUAGAUGAUGGACAAAAUAGGCUCGAAGCCAUUAAAUAUCUAAGUGACAGUUGCCGACUCCUGUGUGAGGUGCACUUUACGGAGACCGAGGCUAGGAAGAAGUUUGUAACCCCUGGAUUGAACAAGACGUUCUUAAAUAUAGUACAAGAUGUAGAAAGGGAUGAGAUGCUUUUCAGUAAGAAGCUUCCUGAAAAGAUCAAAGCAUCUAAAGCAAUUGAGAAACAGGGGCUGCAAAUUAAGAAGCCCCCUCCAUCUAACUCAAAGCCGAAUAAUCCUCCAACCUCACAGCCGUCAACAAGCCGUUCUCGUCAGUCGGGAAACUGGUCGAGCCCCCGUUACUCCUCGAACAGAGGGGGGAGGGGGGGAGCGAAACGGACAUCAGCAGCAGGUCGUGGCAGGGGCACGCCAACGGCGACCCAUUCGAAGCAGACCAACCAGAGCAAGCAGCGAGCCACAACGCAACAGCAAUAGAGAACGCGUCAUCCUCUACACCGCAGUCUUACCCUGGGGGCCGCGACGCUCUCAGGCUUGCCCUUACAAGACGGAAAACCCCGGAGGUAGCAUUAGAUCUGAUGCUAGCUUCAGUAUCGGAAAAUACAAUGAAGCAAUACUCCGUUACUUAUAAGUUAUGGUGGCAAUUCUGUCAUAAAAAUAGCAUCAACUUAUUUGAACCUGAUAUUGCAUCUGUUAUUACUUUUCUAGUAGAUCAAUAUAAUAAAGGAUCAUCAUACGGUUCAAUUAAUAGCCACCGGUCUGCCCUAUCGUUACUCGUAGGGAAUAACGUAGGCUCAGACGAACAAGUAAAACGGUUAUUGAAAGGAGUUUACAAACUGAAAACACCUCGUCCCAAAUACAACAGUACUUGGGAUCCGCAAGUCGUACUGAAUCACAUUUCUCAGUGGUAUCCUAAUUUAGAAAUUUGCCUCGAACUGUUGACUAAAAAGCUUGUGGUGUUACUGGCUCUUUGUACAGGGCAUAGAUUACAAACAUUGUCGUUAAUAAAAAUUAACAAUAUUUGUACUUCUUCUUCGGGACUAAAAAUUUUAAUUACUGAUAUAGUCAAAACGUCAGCAGCAGGUCGAGACCAACCGCUUUUGGUUUUGCCAUAUUUUGUGACCAACCCUGCUAUUUGUCCGGCUAAGACCCUCGAGGAUUAUCUCUCGGCUACAGCAAAUUUGCGUCCUGAAGGUACAGAUAACCUUCUAGUGUCAUACAAAAGGCCACAUAAGAAGGCCACAUCUCAGACCAUCGGCCGCUGGAUCAAACAGACGCUGGCGGUGAGCGGCAUCGAUGUUGCCGUGUUUGGCGCGCACAGUACGCGACAUGCCUCCACCUCCGCUGCCGCCACCGCGGGCGUCUGCGUCGACACCAUUCGUAAGGCGGCUGGCUGGACCAGCACAUCGCUAACCUUUGCCAGAUUUUAUAAUAGGCCUGUUAGCGAUGAUGGUGUCUUUGCUCGAGCGGU